AUGGCGAUCGAGCGCCUGGGCGUGGACGAAGAUGCGAAGUACUCGCAGGUGGUGGUGCACGGUGAGACGUGUUACUUCGCGGGACAGGCCGAGCUGGGAGACGGGAUCGAGGCGCAGACGCGACGGACGCUGGAGGAGUGCGAUCGAGUGCUCGCGAUGGCGGGCACGGAUAAGACGCGGUUGUUGAGCGUGACGGUGUGGCUGAAGGACAUGGGGGAUUACGCGGCGUUUAACGAGGCGUACUUGGAGUGGAUCGAUGGAGGGCACAAACCGGUUCGCGCGUGCGUGCAGAGCGAGAUGGCGCUGCCGGAGUAUUUGGUGGAGAUUCAGAUGAUCGCGGCGAAGAAAUAG